AAGUAUGUAUGUAGUGAUUAACUCGCAGCUGGAGAUAUGUGUAUUAUAUAUUUUCGAGGUAGGGGGAUGCCGAUUGCUGACGUCAUGGCGUUGAUUCAAGCCUCCAAGCUGAAGACGGAAUCGUAAAAAUACUUUGACGAUUAAUAAGUUAUUUUUGUAAAUAAUGAAUCACAUGAUUUCUUCGGUUAAUAUGAUUAUUAUUCAACGAUUGUAGCCGAAAACAAAAUCAAAAAUUGGCUUAUCGGAAGUCAAGGUUAGGAUCAGUGUUGACAAGCAUCAACAGUGGUUCCAUGGUUGGGUAGUUGAGGUUAGGUACUAAAAACGGCGCGAAAAUGGCGCAAAAGUCUAUCACUUCAUUUUUCACGAAACGUGUGCCGAAAGUUGAUACGAAUGAUCUGGAGUCAGAGCUAAGGUAUGCUUUUGUACUACCAACAAUGUAAAAAUCCUCCUAAAUUGAAUAUAUUUAGAUAUAAUUAAGAAUAUGCUCAAGUUUAACGUGAUUUUCACGCUGUUUAAAUCUCGUACCAUUAUCCUCGAGCAACCGGUUAUCUCGUUAACACGACUGCUAGAUAGUAACGGUGUAUCGUGUUCUUCAUUCAAUUGGUUACAUAUCGGUAAUAGUUUGUCCAAGAAGAAAGAUGACGACGACAGUCCUUCAGUUGCUAAAAGGAAACGAGUGGACAGUUCUAAUGGCACUGAAUCUAUAAGCCCGCCACCUGCGAAAAAAAUCAGUACUAGUGUCAACGAUGCACCAUCUACCUCAUCGUCACAAAAAUCUCCUGGAUCAAUUCAGCGUAGACAAAUAGGAAAAGAAAAUGAGAACAAAUCUGUUGUCAAAGAUGAGGAUGUCAAGAAAACUACACCCAAGAGAACCACGACAAAAAAUGAUAAUCGUAAUUCUAAAAACAAAAUUAAUCAGAGUGCCAAAAAACGAGCGAGAAUAAUCCCUCAGGAUGAUUCUAGUGACGACGACGUUCACUUGGCACUCCCAGAUAGUCCAAUUAAACCAGAUGCUAAAGCAUUUCUGAAAAGUCCUGUUAAAAAAGAGAUGGAAUCAGAGGAUGAUAUAUCUCCAAAAAGUAAACAUGCCUCGGAAGAGGAAGAAGCAGAAAGUCCUAAGAAAGCAAAAGUGGAAAAGCCAAAAGCCUCGCCAGCGACUAAAAAGUCUCCGAAAAAUGUUCAUAGUUUCUUUGCGGUAAAACAGAAGAACGGUUCAAAACCUGAAGAGAAGAAAACUAGUAAUGGUAGCGCCAAAACACAGACUUAUUCGUAUAACCCAGGUGCGUCAAAAUAUCACCCGAUCGACGACGCUAGUUGGAAACAGAAUGAAAAAGUACCGUACAUCGCAUUGGCUCGCACUUUGGAAAUUAUUGAAAGCACUAGUGCGAGGCUGAAAAUGAUUGAAUUUCUCUCAAAUUAUUUGCGAUCCGUCAUUGUUCUCAGCCCUGAUGAUUUCCUAGCCAGUGUUUAUCUUUGUUUGAAUCAACUGGGCCCAGCCUACGAAGGCAUGGAGUUGGGAAUAGCCGAGACCACACUUAUGAGAGCAAUUGCACAGUGUACCGGCAGAACUGUUGCACAGAUUAAAUCUGACGUCCAAGAAGUCGGAGACUUGGGAAUAGUAGCUGAAGAAAGUCGAUCUAAUCAGCGAAUGAUGUUUCAGCCGGCACCUCUGACUGUUUCUGGUGUGUUUAAUAAAUUGAAAGAAAUCUCACAGAUGACAGGACAAGCCUCCAUGACCAAAAAGGUUGACAAGAUUCAAUCUCUGUUUGUCGCAUGUCGUUUUUCUGAGGCAAGAUACUUUAUACGUUCUUUAUCUGGAAAAUUGAGAAUAGGUCUGGCUGAGCAGUCUAUCUUACAGGCAAUAGCUUUGGCCUGUGCCACAACUCCACCUGGUCAGGAUUAUCCUCCAAAGAUUUUGGAUGCUAGUGAAAAAAGAUCUGCCGAGUCAUUCAAACAGGAUUACGAUAAAAAAGCCCUGAUACUUAAAACUACAUACUGUGAAUGUCCGAAUUACGAUCUCAUAAUUCCUGUUAUACUAAAGGAAGGCAUAAAUGCUUUACCAGAGCGAUGUAAAUUAACUCCUGGCAUUCCACUUAAGCCUAUGCUGGCACACCCAACGAAAGGUGUUCAAGAAGUCUUGACAAGAUUCGACGGACUGAAAUUUACUUGUGAAUGGAAAUAUGAUGGCGAAAGAGCGCAGAUUCAUAUUGCUGAGGACAAUCACGUGUCAAUUUACAGCAGAAAUCAAGAAAAUAAUACCAGUAAAUAUCCGGACAUUAUUGGAAGAUUGGGCAAUACACGUGGGGAAAACGUUAAAAGUUGUGUAUUGGAUUGCGAAGCUGUUGCUUGGGACAGAGAAAAUGAGCAGAUUUUGCCAUUCCAAGUGUUAAUCACGAGGAAACGGAAGGAUGCAAGUGAGGCGAAUAUCAAAGUACAGGUUUGUGUUUUCAUGUUUGAUCUGCUCUAUUUGAACGGCACAUCACUGGUGAAGGAACCCUUCAUAAAACGUAGAGAAUUGCUGAAAGAAAAUUUCAAGGAAGUUAAGGGGGAAUGGCAAUUCGCAACAAGUCUUGAUACAACGACUAUGGAAGAGGUCCAAGACUUUCUAGAUGAAUCUGUAAAAGGAAACUGCGAGGGUUUGAUGGUAAAAACAUUGGAGCAAGAUGCAACGUAUGAGAUAGCUAAAAGAUCUCGCAACUGGUUGAAGUUGAAAAAGGAUUAUUUAGAUGGGGUGGGAGAUACGCUGGACGUAGUAGUGAUCGGAGGUUACAUUGGAAAGGGAAAGAGGACUGGUACUUAUGGGGGGUUUUUAUUGGCUUGUUAUGACCAAGAGAAUGAAGAGUAUCAAAGCAUCUGUAAGAUUGGCACUGGGUUCAGUGACGAAGAUCUUCAAACGCAUACAGAAUUCUUAAAGAAGCAUAUAAUCUCGCAGCCUAAAUCUUACUACCGAUAUGACGUUAGCCAUGAACCUGACCACUGGUUCGAACCUGUCCAAGUUUGGGAAAUAAAAUGUGCCGAUCUCUCCCUCUCACCUGUACACAGAGCUGCCGCUGGCAUUAUUGAUCCAGAGAAGGGUAUAUCUCUGCGGUUUCCGCGAUUUAUAGGUAUACGUAAUGACAAAAAUUGCGAGGAUGCAACAUCAUCUCAACAAGUUGCUGAUUUGUACAAUAACCAGGAACAUAUUAAAAAUCAAACAAGUACGACAAAGGUUGCUGAAGAAGAUUUUUACUAGGCAUUGAAUCCAUCAUGUUAAAUUUAAAAAUGCUUAGUUACGUACAAUUAUAUAAUUACUCGGAAAAAUUUUGCAACAAUUUUUUCGGUUUAUAUGAAAUACUGUUAACUCAUUUUCUUUAAACAAAAUUUUUUAAAUUCAAAUAGAAGACACAGUGCAUACUUGACAUAUCCCUGCUAACUUAUCUCAAUGAUUUUAUUCUUUCCCGCAUUACAACGAAUGAUUUACUGGCUUCAUUUGCACUAUUUACACGUCUAUAAAAUAGUCAGAUAUUUAUUAUAGAAAUUCACUUUUAAGUGAGAUUCUGCCGGUUUAUCUAUACAUAUAUUAAAUUUUAUUAACACUGA